AUGCGUUGGUACAGUAUUUUCCUGAUCACCUUGUACCUGAUCGGCUCGAUGACCACCGUUUUCGCGAGUCGGCAAAAGUUUGUUAUAUUUUUAUUAUUUUUUAUGAUUCGGCCGAAUUUCAGUAAUCUAGUCUACUCCUAACAGCUUGAAAGAUAUUCGAAGAGGUUUCGGCUUGAAUUCCAACAGGAAAAUAAUUUUCGACUCGAUACCUUUAGAAAACUUUUUCAUGCUCCUUUAAGCUCUUUCCAGCCAGCUGAUUUUGGCUCGUUCAACAGAGAGCGUUUCAAAACGAAAAAAUUGUUAACUUGCGCCCCAAAACAGUAUAAGUGUAUUUUUAGCCUUUGAAAAAGAUUCACAUCUAUCCAAAAAGUCCAACUGGAAUCUUUUUUUCAAACUCUUAAGAGCCCAAGUUAGUUUGAGCACCUUUUUAGGCCUAGAAAAAGCGAGAAAAUUCAUACUUCGAUAAAAAAUAACUCUUCAGAAGGUUCACUGACAUCUACGGACUUCUCAAUAGAUAUCAAAAACACCACAAGUAAGUUUCUUUUUUCAUUAAAAUUAUUUUGCUAUUUAUUUAUUCAUUUUUCAAAAUUAGACACUUUUUCGAAAUGCUACAAAUAUCCUACACGUCAACAAAAAAAAAAACAACGUAUUUUCUCAUUAAUUUGUCGGUAAGCCUCCUGAUCCUCAGAAAAUCUUUUUUUUUUUUCAUCCUACUUCCGCUAGAUAUUAGCGGAUUUUCUAGUAAUUUCUGAAGGUGUUAAAAGGAAUAUCUUUAUCCAUCCUUUGAAAAACUCACAUUCUCGAGAAACUCUAUCCAAUCAGAAACCUUUUAUUAAAAAAAAAACUACCCUGAUUCGCAUUGUUUUUUUGAAAUUUUGCGUCAAAAAAAUGAAUUUCAUAUUUAUUUUUUUCCCGAUAAAAAAACUUUUUCUUCAAAAAAAUGGUCGUUUAGUCCGGUUCGAAGGUCUCCUUAAGGCCUCUCAACUGACCCCUGGAAUGACCACUCAAAGUUUUUUUUUUCCGUAAACAGUAGCUCAGUGUGCGCUUGAAAAUAAUUUAAAAAAAGUAACCCAAAGAGUUUUUGAAAACGGCUUCUACGGGAAUGCACUUUUUAUUUUUCAUGAAGCUCGAAAACAAGAGAUUGGUAAUGGGAAGUGAAACGUAAAUCUCCAUGGAAGCUACCGUAAUCCGUUCAAUAAACAAAUGAACUCAAAGGGAAAACGGCGCGAGUACAUCAGUUUAGAGAGAACGGUAAAAUUGGAGAGAUUGGAGUCGACUCUCCUCGUUCUACACACUAUCUCUGAAGGCUUGUUCGUAAAAUGCCGUUUUCUGUUCUAAAACUGACAGGUCCUCAGACAGCGUGUAAAAUUUGGAGAGUUCGAUUCUGAUCUUUCCAAUUUUACCGUGCUCUCUACACUGAAAUAUGCGGGCUAGCCUCCGUUUUUCCUUGGAGCAAAGAAGGUAAUUUUACUUUCACUGAAACUAGGCUUUGAGAUGUUCUUUCUCAAAUAGCGGAAAAAUGUGCAGGUUGCGACUUUAGGAUCAUCUGGUACAUCAAGGAGUAUCAUAGCAAAAUUUUAGGAAAAUCCCAGCCGCAAAGUAAAACGACCUUCCUGUGAGAAAGCAUGAAACACGGUGAAUCAUGUGUAUUAAAUUGUCCUUUUACGUUGUUGAUGAACACAAAAACGUCAAUUGCAGGCGCUUCAACGACGUCACGCCGUCUGACGACGACAAUUUCAUUGAAAAGUUUGUGGAUUAAUCGCUUCGCCCUUUCUUCCCUUUACAAAUCCAAAUUGUUGCCAUUUUGCAGGCGAUUCAACAACGACUUUUACAACCUUCUCGCGAGGUAUCAACGUCAGUGA